AUUUUAUCAUUGUUUUUGUUUGUUGUCUUGUGCAAAAAAUGAUAGUUUAUAAUAAUUUCUAGGUUCUUUAACAAAUUUUCAAUCAAGAAGCUGAGUAAAAUACAAUUUUUAUAACUGGGAGGUGUAAAUACUAACUUCAAUUAGGAACAAUAAUAUUUGAAGGUUAUAAUGAGUACCGUUGAGUACGUGCAGAUCAAGGACCUGAAGGCGGGCAUGAAGAACAUCAACGCGGUGUUCAUCGUGCUGGAGGUGGGCGGCCCGACGGUGACCAAGGAGGGGCGCGAGGUGCGCACGCUGCGCGUGGCGGACGCGUCGGCCGCCGUGAACCUGUCGGUGUGGGACGCGGCGGGCGCGCUGCUGGCGCCGGGCGACAUCGUGCGGCUCUCGCGCGGGUACGCGGCCGUGUGGCGCGCGCAGCUCACGCUGUACUCCGGCAAGUGCGGCGACCUGCACAAGGUGGGCGAGUUCUGCAUGCUGUUCAACGAGCAGCUCAACAUGAGUGAGCCGCAGCCGAGCGCGCCCGCCGCCGCCCCCGCGCCCGCGCCCGCCCCCGCCGCGCCCGCCGCCGACAAGCACCUGCACAAGACCUACUCGCACAACCGCGGUGCGCGCUCGCACCACCGCAACAACAGCCGCCGGUAGCCACACCACGCUCACCACCACCGGGGAUAUACUGACUCAUCUAUAUACUAUUAAAACAACUGUUUUAUCAUUCUUCUAAAUCUAAAACAACAAAUCCUACUUUUCAUUGUGUUUGUCACCAACACAUAGAAGUGCUACCUACCUGCCAGGUCAGACUGUGACUGCAUGAUGGCUUGUUCAUGUAUAAAUGUACCCAAAUAAUCCAUGCCUAUUUAUUGAGAGGAAGUGCAGAUAUAAAUUAAAUACAUACUUAUUAAGU